CAAUCCCUCCCUCUCUCUACUAACCCACAGGUCCGCAUUCCUGACAGUCCGUGGAAGCUUUUUUCCCCUUCUUUUUCUCGACUUCCCUUCCUCCCACCAUCCGCCUCUCAUCAACAUCAAUACCGGGUUUACAAUUACUGUAGCCUGCCCGUAGAGCCUUGCUCUGCCGCGUCUACACCCCUCUACCUCCUGCGAGUCAUUGUCUAAAUUCGCCAAAAAUGGAGAACUACCAGAAGAUGGAAAAGAUCGGAGAGGGCACAUACGGUGUCGUGUACAAAGCGCGCGAUCUCACCACAAAGGACCGUCGUAUUGUCGCAUUGAAGAAGAUUCGCCUCGAAGCCGAAGACGAAGGUGUCCCGUCCACCGCCAUCCGCGAGAUUUCUCUCCUCAAGGAGAUGCAAAACGAGAACAUUGUCCGUCUUUUCAACAUUGUGCACGCCGAUGGCCACAAGCUGUACCUAGUCUUCGAGUUUCUUGACCUAGAUCUGAAGAAAUAUAUGGAGGCGUUGCCCGUUAGCCAAGGCGGCCGUGGAAAGCCGUUGCCCGAGGGCUCCAACCCUGAGUUGUCGAGCAUGGGAUUGGGCCCUGAGAUGGUCAAGAAGUUCAUGACGCAAUUAUGCGAAGGCAUUCGCUACUGUCACGCGCAUCGCGUUCUCCAUCGUGAUCUCAAGCCCCAGAACCUUCUCAUCGAUCGCGACGCAAACUUGAAGCUAGCCGAUUUUGGUCUUGCUAGGGCAUUCGGUGUCCCCCUCCGGACGUAUACACACGAGGUUGUCACUUUGUGGUAUCGCGCACCCGAGAUCCUGCUCGGUGGACGACAAUAUUCAACCGGCGUCGAUAUGUGGUCCGUAGGCUGCAUCUUCGCAGAAAUGUGCACACGCAAGCCCCUAUUCCCAGGUGACUCUGAGAUUGACGAGAUCUUCAAGAUCUUCCGUGUGCUCGGAACUCCCACCGAGGCCGAUUGGCCAGGCGUCACCUCGUUCCCCGACUUCAAGCCAUCCUUCCCCAAGUGGGCGCGAACAGACAUCGCAGACACGGUCAAAACGCUGGACGAAGCCGGGUUGGACCUUUUGGACGCCCUCUUGGUUUACGAUCCUGCUGGUCGCAUCUCCGCCAAGCAAGCCGUGAUUCACCCGUACUUUACUGGCCGCAGCUAUGAUGGUAUCGGCUUCCACUAG